AUGUCUAAAAAUGAUGAACACAUGAAAAAAUUAGAAUCAGAAGAAGAUGAUCAUGAUCAUAAUCAUCAAAAACAGCAGAACGAAAAGAAACAAUCUUCAUCAGCUAUUAAUGAACUUGUUGUUCAUUUCAAUAUUUCUCCAAAUAUUAGUCAAAUAAAUCAAUCUUAUUCAUCUAUAGAUUAUUGUCCUAUGAUGUCUGAUGGUGUAUUGGGAAAUGUUAAUAAUGAAAAAUUAUCUACAAGUCAUAAAUCAUUAUUUGAUUGUUAUUUAAAUCCAUCAGAAAAUAUUGAAACAAAAAGUGAUACAAGUCAUAUGCAAACAACAAAAUUAGCUAAAAAAAUGAAUUUACUUGGUGUUGAUGUAAGUGGUGCAUGUGCAACAUUUUCACGUCUUUGUUAUUUUGGUUCUCCAUGGUAUUCAGUUAUUGUUCAAUGGUAUCGUCAACAAAGAUCAGAUCAUUAUCGUUAUCCAUCAUCUGAUGAUGAUAUACAAGUUGUAUAUGAAUCAAAAAAUUAUAUUGUUGUUAAUAAAGAUGAUCUUGUUCCAAUUGAUGCAUUUGAUGCUCCAUCACAAGUUAAUGUAACACAACAGGUUAAAAAAUGGUUUGAAAAACGUGAAACUGAAAAAUUUUUAAAACAAGAACCAUCACCUACUGAACAACAAAUUGAACAAUGGCGUAAAAUUUUAGCACAAAAAAUUGAAGAUAUUCGUUAUUGUCAUCGACUUGAUUUAGGUACAAGUGGAUGUAUGUGUUUUGCUCGUUCAACAAUCUCAAGUUUUCUUGCUUAUAAAGCAUUUAUUGAUAAACGUGUUUUAAAAUAUUAUUUAGCUCUUGUUCAUGGUCAUCUACAUACACCUUAUCCAAUAUUUGUUGAUGUACCAAUUGGUGAGAAUGCUUCAUCUUAUGGACGUAUUAUGUGUACAAAUGAUCAUCCAUAUUGUACAUAUCCAAAAACUGCACAAUCUCAUGUUGAUGUUUUAGAACAUGGUGAAUAUGAUGGAAAACCAGCAUCGAAAGUACUUGUCAGAAUUUUAACUGGCAAACGACAUCAAAUACGUUUACAUAUGAAUUAUUUGGGUCAUCCAAUUAUUGGAGAUUAUCUUUAUACAGAACCUAUUGAUUAUAAACCACAUAGAAUAAUGUUACAUGCAAGAUCUUUAACUAUUCAUACUGAUCAAGAAUUAAUUGAUGCUUUAGCAAAAGAUACUUUUCUUGCACAAUUUGAUCCAAAAUGGAAGAAAACUAAAACAAUAUUUCCUGUUAAUCGUUGGUAG